UAUUGACCACCUCUUGAACACACUCAAUCGACCUUGUGGUACACUAAAAUUCUUCUUUCGGAAUCAAUGGACUCGUCUCCAGGCAGUUUGUACCUACUGAGCCUCCCCGGUCUCUUAUAAAGACACCAUGAGGCGCUGUCAAGAUGACCACCCCAGCCUCACCCACGACACUGCCAUGUUCAGGGCAAAAGCGGAAGAGAUCUUCCACCAAAGAAGACGAUCAAAUUGAAAGCUCGGUCCACAAAGCAACAGAAAGCCCAGCCACUCCCGAGCCGGAGCAAAGCAAAUCAGCUCGAAAUACAGCAACAAGCGACGUCACCAGCGACGAUGCAUCCAGCACUCUAGAAACAUCUUCAAAGUCUGCUCAGAAACCCAAGCAACGCGGUCGUAAACCCAAAGCUCCCACCGCAGCACCCAAAAAACAGACCCCCUCGGGUCCCUGUCCUGAGCCCUUCAAGAAGCUGUCGCGGACCCACCGCGCGCUGAACCUCGUGUAUACGUUCUGCUGCACGCGGAAGCACUUUGCCACUACUUUUGAGAAUAUCAAAAAUGCUGUUCAGGCGCAGUUGGGUGGGGAGGGCUUAACGGUCGAGGACAUCGCGAGGGUGAAAACCCUUGUCCCGCGCGCGGUGCGCUUCGAGUAUGUAGAUGAGUCUCAGUUGGAGGUUAUGAAUUCGGGCGAGAAGGAGGUGCUGGAGACGUAUGGGCGGGAUGGGUUGUCUGUGGAUGAUGACUCGCUCCAGGAUGUGGAGAACCAGGAACUGGAGAGGAAGAUUUUGCUUUUUGAAUUUGUGGAUGGGGUUCUCAAGCGGGAGGUGCAGCAGCCUAAGACUGGGGAGCCGGCGAAACCCGUGCGGAAGAUGAGAGAUGAAGAUUUGAAGAUGCCUGUUUACAGCCAGAAGCAGAUGCUGGCGUUGAUUGAGAAGCGGAACAGGAAGUUUGCAGACGCUAUCGAUGCUUUUUUGGUGCGGUGCGAGGGUGAAGGCAAGGACCCUGUCGAGGAACUGGAGUCGGGGAAGGAUGCCUAUGUUCCUGUUCCCCCGGAGGCUGAUGGCAACAAUGCGGUGGUCAAGUCGACGCCGCCGCCUCGCAUACCAACGGAGCGCAAGGCGAUUGCUGAGAUUAUCGAGGAGAUAAGAACAAUGGACUGGUACACGACACAGAUUGUUCCCGAAGGACAUCGGGUGUUUGAUGCCCAGCAGGCAGUCUAUGGGGACUUGGGUUUCCAGCUGUCACAGGGCUUGGUGAAUGCCUUGUAUAACACUAAGGGGAUUACACAGUUCUACUCGCACCAGGCGGACGCGAUCAACAAUCUGUACGAAGGCCACAACGUCAUUGUCUCGACCUCGACGAGUUCUGGCAAGUCGUUGAUCUACCAGGUCCCCAUGUUGCAUGAAUUGGAAAAGGACCACCUUAGCCGCGGACUGUACAUAUUUCCCACAAAGGCGCUGGCACAAGACCAGAGACGCAGCAUGAAAGAGCUGCUACAGUACAUAGACGGCUUCCAGGACACAAUGGUCGAGACUUUCGACGGAGACACCCCGAUGGAAAGCCGCAACCUCAUCCGCGACGAAGCGCGCAUCGUCUUCACCAACCCCGACAUGCUCCACAUCACAAUCCUGCCGCAGGAAAGCGCGUGGCGCUCCUUUCUGCAGAACCUGAAGUUCGUCGUGGUCGACGAGCUGCACGUCUACGACGGCCUCUUCGGGUCCCACGUUGCGUUUAUCAUGCGCCGGCUGCGCAGGAUCUGCGCUGCGGUAGGCAACCGACACGUCCGGUUCAUCUCCUGCUCGGCGACUGUUGCCAACCCGGAAGACCACAUGAAGGCGAUAUUCGGCGUCGACGAUGUCAAGCUGAUUGACUUUGACGGUUCCCCUUCAGGCCGGAAGGAAUUUAUUUGCUGGAACACGCCAUUCAAAGAUCCCCACGACCCGACGUCCGGGCGGGCAGACAGCGUAGCUGAAACCGCACGCUUAUUCUCCCAACUGAUCCUACGAGGUGUGCGAGUAAUCGCAUUCUGCAGAGUGCGGCGCCUCUGCGAGAGCCUCUUGCAAGCCGUACGGAACGAGUUCCGGGCUCUACAGCGCGAAGAAGUCGGAAAGCUAGUCAUGGGCUACCGCGGUGGGUACAGCGCACAGGACCGUCGACAGAUCGAGAAGGAGAUGUUCGAAGGCCAGCUGAUGGGGGUGGUAGCGACCAACGCGCUCGAGCUCGGCGUCGACAUCGGCUCCCUUGACGCAGUCAUCACAAUGGGCUUCCCGUACUCAAUUUCCAACCUGCGACAGCAGAGCGGCCGCGCCGGCCGCCGCAACAAGGACUCGCUGUCCGUCUUGGUCGGAGACCGCUUCCCAACCGACCAGUACUACAUGCGCAAUCCGGAGGAGCUGUUCACACAGCCUAACUGCGCGCUGCAGGUCGACCUAGCCAACGAGCUCAUCCUAGAAGGCCACGUGCAAUGCGCUGCCUUCGAGAUGCCUAUCCGCCCUGACGAAGACACCGUCUACUUUGGGCCCCAGCUGCCUACUCUCGCGGCCACGCGGCUCACCCGCGACGGACUAGGCUUCUACCACUGCCACGAGCGCUUCCGGCCGCAGCCGUCGCGCAACGUCUCGAUCCGCGACACAGAGGACCAGCACUUUGCGGUGAUUGACACGACCAACGCGCGCAACGUGGUUCUAGAAGAGGUGGAAGCCUCGCGGGCCUUCUUCACCAUCUAUGAAGGCGGGAUCUUCCUACACCAGGGCCAGACCUAUCUAGUGAAAGAGCUCAACCCAGACAUGCACUUUGCCCGCGUCGUCCGCGUCCACGUCAGCUGGACCACAAUGCAGCGCGACUAUACGGACAUCGACCCGAUCGAGACGGAGAUGAUGCGUCCCAUCCUAGCCUCUCCACCCCAGCCAUCGCCAUCAUCACCACAACCACCCACUAACCAAACCCCAGAAGACACCAACAACCCUAAAAACCCAGACCCCAGCAAAGCCUUCUACGGUCCCGUCCGCAUCCACGCCAUCGUCUACGGCUUCUUCAAACUCGACAAAACCGGCCAAAUCCUCGACGCAGUGCCGGUCUCCAACCCCCCAAUCGAAAUCCACACAAAAGGCAUGUGGCUCGACAUUCCCGCGCGCGCCCUCUCCAUCCUCUCCUCUCACAAUCUCAACGCAGCAGCAGCCAUCCACGCCGCCGAACACGCCGUGCUAUCCCUACUUCCUACCUUCGUGAUAUCAUCCCCAGGCGACGUCCGCACAGAAUGUAAGGUUGCGAAGAAGGAGCUGGGUCGGAAUUUGCGCCUCGCCUCACAAUCUUCUUCUCGUCCUGGCUUUGCCAGCCGUAAUCUUAAAGAUAAUGUGGAGAAACUGUUAAAACCACCCGCCCGCCAACGCCCCGCGCGUCUAACCUUCUACGACGCAAAGGGCGGACCAUGCGGGUCGGGGAUAGCAGCCAAAGCGUUCGAGUUCAUCGACAUGCUACUCGAGCGCGCGGUGGCUCGCAUCGAAGGCUGUCCGUGUCUUAAUCCGCAAGGAUGCGUGGAGUGUGUUUGCGACGAGCGGUGCAAGGAGAUGAAUGCUGUUAUGAACCUUCUCACCGCCGACCCCAGCUCCUUACAAAUCGUCAAAGAACUCAAAAGCUCAGACGCAUCCUCAAUCUUCAAAGUAACGGAUCUCGGCCACCGCCAUGCACUGAAAGUAUUCCACAACAACGGCGACCCAGGAUUCACAAAAAAGGGCCCGACCUGA